GCUCGUUUGACUUUACCUGUUCAAAUACUUUUUAUUGUAGAGACGAUGUCCCCUUUUUAUCAUUAAAAUUCAUUCAUCUGCCUACUUAAAACGAUUGUUAUAAUUCACCAAGAGCAUAUUUUCUAUGAUUGCACCAACUUCCAGAUAUUCAGCAUGGACUACCAAUAACCCAGAUAAUUAUAACGAGUACGAGCAUUGUGUGGAAAGGAAUCAAUUCGAUGGUUGGAAUGAUCGAUAUUGUAGCGGUCAAGAAAGAUUUGUGUGCGAGAAACCAGAAGUACCUCCACUUCAUCUGAUGGCGAUGACGUCAACACCUUUCGGGAGUACCGGGAACACUCCAAGUUUCUCCUGCAUUGUCUCAUCUGACAACCCGCAGAAUUACAUUACAUACACAGAAAGAGUAGUUAGACCAAGUCUCAUGACAGAUGGGUAUACACUGAACGUACCGGGCAUAGAAGUAACUCAGACCGGUGGCUUUACACAGAACCUUCCUGAUGGAGCGACGUCCACUGGUGUUUAUAAGUGUUCCAGUACAUCUACAAUUACUGGUACUUCAACAUCAGCAGAUGUGACGAUUUUGUCACAAGAUAGACAUUUUCAACCAAGUGACGGUCGCCUCACCAAAACAGUUUAUCCCGGUGACAACAUCACUCUCUCAGUGUCUACCACUGAUAGCUACGCAUCAGGGAAGGCUGAAAUCCGGUGGAGCACCUUCUCAAACUUUGCAGAAGGAUCCUUAUCUCCAAUUGGAGAUGAAACUCUGACCUAUGCCAUUCGUUCAGCAUCUGAGAGCGAUGCAGACAUUUACGGAACGUUCCAAAACAGAAUGGAGGAUAAUCGUCUUUAUAGCUUUAUUCGAGUCAUAGUUACUGAAUGUUCCCGUGGUCGAUGGAACCUACCGUUAUGCAAUCGUCUGUGUGAUAACUGCUACAAUGGAGGAAUCUGUCAUCCUCAAUCAGGAACGUGUAUCUGUCCUCCAGGAUUCACUGGCAAGAACUGUUUAACUGCAUGCGAUGAACACCGUUUUGGAUGGGAUUGUGAACUCAGAUGUGGUGCUGGUAAUGUUCUUGAUGCUUGCAUCGGAAGUCAGAUCUGUCUACCAGAUCCUUAUGGAUGCAACUGUCUCUCUGGUUAUACAGGAAUAUACUGUGACGAACAAUGUCCUCCAGGAAAGUUUGGUGUUGACUGCCUUCAAGACUGUCACUGUGCAGGCGGGGUGGCAUGUGAUGCUUUCACUGGAAGAUGUGAAGGAAGCUGUGAGGAUGGGUGGUCGGGGGAAGGCUGUCAAGUUCCAUCCGUGUGUCCUGUUGGCUACUCUGGAAUCAAUUGCACUGAGAUCUGUAACUGUCCUAAUAUGUCACAAUGCGAGAAGGAUUCUGGAUUCUGUACAACAUCAGGUGGACAAUGUGAGGUUGGCUUUGUCGCUGAAACACCAGAAAAGCCAGACAGAUGUUCCACGUUUGCUGGAUGUUUCGAGUCCUGUUCUAAGACAUGCCAUUGUGCUGCUAUAGUCACGUGUGACGAUGAGUCAGGUUCGUGCACUUCAUGUCAUCCAAGAUGGUCGGGAGACAAUUGCCAAACAGAUCGUUUUACCGCUACUAGAGAAAAGACGAACCCAGGCACUGCAAUCAUUUCCUGCACAUUCGAUGCCGAUUCAGACGGUAGCCUCUCCAUGAGAGCUUCUAUUGGGGACUUCUCAGCUGAAAGUUUUGUUACUGCAACUUCUACUGACACAAGCGAUGGAUCAUCGUUGCAAUCGAACUUUACACUUUCCAUUGAUGACAUAGAAACUAAAACAAUUUACUGUUUCGUUGGCAUUUCAACCAGUGACGAUGGAUUUGCUUAUAUCAGCUUGGUCCCCCAGGGGACAUUUGUUCUUCCGGUCUUCAACAGCAAGCCUAGGUUAGCGGAGCAAGGCUACAAUUAUCUGGUUAUUGCAUGGGAUUCUUGGAACCCUGGCGUUGAUGUUGGAGAUGGCCCUGUCAUCGGUUAUAAAGUAUACGUUAACUCUUCGGAUGGAAACGAAACUGUCACCUUUAUUACCGCAUCGGGUGUCCCGAGAGAGAUGAGUACUUCAAGAAGAAAACGAGAAGAUCCAAAAUGGAUAAAUUCUCCAAUGGUCGGAAGUCCAAGGAAUUUGCCAUCAAGGAAGAAGAGACAAGGGGAUGCAGGAAUACUGAUGCACAACGUUACCGGUCUGGAUAAUGGUCAGUCGUAUCAGAUUAAGAUUUCAGCAGUUCGUGAUGGCCUGAACGGUGAAGGCGAAAAGGGUCCUGCUUUGAGUGUGACCACUCGCGAAAUACCUGUAGAAACGCCUAUUGGUUCUUCUACUAUUGGUCCUAUCGUUGGUGGCGCUAUAAGUGGAAUAAUCAUCCUUCUGUUGAUUGCCGGCCUGGUGAUCAUAGUAAAAAUAAGAAGGGAUCGACCCGAAGAGGUUUCCAAACCUAUGACUUACAAAAACGAUGGAUUUGUCGAAGGCAAUGCCACUGAUAAAGGCCAAGAAACAGACCAACCAUCUCAGCGAUAUGAAAAUCUGGGACCUAAGAGGCGGAUUGAAUCUCCAACGCAAGCUCCUUUGCCCGACCUACCAAUUACUCGUUUAGAUCAGAGUUACAAACCUACACGGGUUACAGUAGAGAAAUCUUCAAGGGAUCGUCGCAUCAUACCUGUCUCAAAGUUUGCCACUUUUGUUGAGAACAAUAGGCACACUGACACAUUCUAUAAGGAUUUCCUUAAUUUGGCAAACGUUUGUCCUGGUCCUUCAACCUCCAUGAUAAGAAGUGCGUUGAAGAAAGAAAACCGGUCAAAGAGUCGAAACACCAACAACCAUCCACUGGAUAGAAACCGGGUCAUCCUAGAGUCUGUGGGCUCUUUAGAUUCAGAUUUCAUCGAUGCCAGCUAUGUCAAGGGUAUUCGAUACAGGUUUAUAACCACACAGAUGCCUAUGCCUAACACAGUCGCCGAUUUCUGGGACGUGGUGUUUUACAACCAACCAACUGUUAUCAUCAUGCUUAAUGAUGAUAACAGACGUAACAAGACUUGUGCCCAAUACUGGUUGGACAGUGGUGUUGCCAUUUUCGGAUCUUUUUCUGUCACUACGGUGUCUGUCUCCGAGAACGAAGGACUGAUAGAGAGGGAGAUGCAAGUUACCAGAAAUAAUUCAAAGGCUCGUCAUGUUGUGAAGCAGUACCAGUUCUUACACUGGCCAAAUGAGGCCGAGCAGAAAGACAGUCGAGCUCGUCAACUUGUCAGUCUGAUGAUAAAAGUUCAGGAAACUUUAGAACGAUCCCGAGAAGGGUUCCCAGUACUUGUUCAUUGCUUGAAUGGAGUUGGCCGAACUGGCGUAUUUUGUAGCACGCUUGAGUGCAUCGCACAAGUAAGCGAAGAGGACGCUGUUGAUGUCUUUCACGUGGUGAAGAUGCUCAGAACUGAAAGGAUGCAUUUCGUACAAACCGAGGAAGAAUAUUCGCUCAUCUACGAGCUGAUAAAAGAAUAUCUUGAAGAAAAUUAUUACGAGAAACCGUUUCCCAAGGUCUCGCCGAACGAUCACACUUACACGUAUGUCGAUUCCCCUCUGGCCCCAGGUUCCGGUGAGAGUGAGCAUGUAUACGCACAACUGCAAGAGGGCGCCCCCUAUAAAGGAGUGUAUACCCCACUGAAGACAGAAAGAUAAUUCUGUUGGGACAAAGGCUCUUCCAGCUAUGAAUUCCAUGAACUCGGGAACGGU